AUGUAAGGUAAUUAAGAUCAAAAAAGAAAAUUAAUAUAAUCCUCUUGCUUAGAUGACCUUUGUGAGUUUAAAGCACCUAAAGUGCUUAUAUGUGGUUUAGGAAUAAUAACGGUUAAAGAUAUUUUAAGAUCCUUAGAGAGAUACUUGAGCAGAUUAGAACUCAUUACUUGUUCGUUGAUAUUUGAUUAGCAACCAGAAACAAGAAGAAUAGGAGAUCGAAAAGGCUUCAAAAAAAUAAAAAAAAAAUAAGAUACAUCGGUGUAAAAAUCUCAGAAAAAGGAAGGGAAUUAAAAGACAAAGUUAAAGAAGAGAUCAAUAGCGACGGAUAAGAUUACGGCUAUGACUAAUGAUUCCUUAGUUGGUGGGCAGGUAGAUAGAUCCUAAGCUGCCCAAAAAACAGAAGGGAAUAGAUAACGUGGAGAAUUGGAUGGAAGGAGGUUCAAACAGAACACACCUUUAUCAUAUACCUAUCGUACUUAGAUUGACCAACUGAAGUAACUUAGUAAGGGAUUGAAGAAACCUGAAAAAAAAAUAUUUAAAAAUAAAUUACAUAAAAAUAUAUAUAUAAAUCAGAAGAAAAUCCAUUUGUUAUUUUAUUAUUAUAAUUUUUAAUUAUAAUAAUAACCCUUGUUAAACUCACAAGUAUUUCAUAUGUUUUUUAAGCAUAUUUUAUUUAUCUUGGUUGGACCAUCUGUAGUAAUUUAAUAUUUCAGGAACACUUCACUGCGAGCGUUGAUGGUCUCAAAUAUGAUGGACAAUGGGAAGACAAUGCUAAAAAUGGGUUCGGUACUGAAAUAUAGUUGGAUGGAUCUAUAUAUGAGGGAUAUUAUAAAAAUGGAUAAGGAAAAUUUAAAUGGGGUGAUGGAUCAGUAUACAUUGGAGAAUUUGUGAAUGAAAAUUUUGAAGGAGAAGGUGAAUUUCAUUGGGAAGAUUGGUCAAUGGAAAAAUAAUUAAAUGGAUGGUUAAGGGGUAAAUAAUUAUACAUUCUUAGAUUUUCAAAUGGCCAUAGAUAUAAAGAAAAUAUCUAGGGUCUUAUUAGAAUGGCGUUAAAGAAGGAUUUGGAAUAUUUGAAUGCCUGAU